AUGAUGUAUUUAUCAAGUGUGUUUUGCUACGCGAGAGAAAAACAUCCUGUGCUUGGAGGAGGUUGUCCUUUGCCUCAAAAACCUAAUAAUGGAGACUUCGAAGUGUCCGAAUGUAUUGAUGGAGACUUCAGCUCUAAAUGUCGAAAGGUGCCAGGAACUAUUGUCAGCCAAUCUGUUAUCUUACAAUAUCAGUGUAAUCCUGGCUUUGAAUUACCAGAUAACAUCAAAUAUUCAAUAUGUUACAAUGGUGUCUGGGAUCCUGAGCCUUCAGAUUGUCUGAAAGUGUGUAAAGGAUUAUCUUCAAAUUCAUUGGAUUUACAAUGUUUCUACAAUGGGAAAGAAGUAGACUGCGGAAAGCCCAUGAUACAAGGAACCAAAGUUAGAACUGCUUGUAAAGACACUUAUGAUAUUCGAGACGCUUCAGCUUCUUUCAUUACAACGGAAUGUACGUCUGACGGGACAUGGGCUAAAGAACUUUACAAGUGUGAACCAGGUUGCGGAAAAAGGAAUUUAGUUAACACUAUAUCCACGCUUAAAGGAGAUCAAUUUCUUGACCAAUAUGAAUUCCCAUGGCAUGCUGAAAUAUAUGUAAAUGAUGGUUCAGAUUUUGUUUCCUGGUGUGGUGGAACAAUUAUUCAUCAGAAAGCCAUUUUGACAGAUAUUGGUCUAAAGAGAGAAGACAUUGGUAAUGCACUGACGUUUCCCAGGUUUGAUAAUGGAAUUGAACAGCAUUUUAUUUAUGGAGUCGUUAGUUUACUAGAAAGUGGCAUAGUUACAAUUACGAAUGUUACUGAACAUAUGAAAUGGAUUGAAGAUAAACUAAAUGAGAUUAUUUAAUUAAAUUUUUUUCUUAUUUAGUCAUAUUGAAUAUUAAAUGUUGUACUUUUAAAUUUAUUAAUUUUAUUUGAAUGAAUAAUAAACGUUUUUAAUUAUAAUAUAAACUUUUAAUUUGAAAUUAAUUUUAUUUUUAAUAGAAACGGAAUAGCUCAGUGAGUUAUGCACUGUGCUGCUAACCUCUAGGUCCCAGGUUUGUACCUGUGGCAGGUAAUUAUUUAUUCUGUUCCAUUAGACGCACUAGCGGAUUCAGGAUUUAAUUUGGGGGGGGGGGCUUCAGCCCGAAACCUUUUUUUUUUUCAUAAAAAUAACGAUAAUUAAUUUAGAAAAACAGAAAGAAACUAACUACCUAUAUGCAAUGGUGUUUAAGUUAUUCCUUAAGUACUUUUAAAUUUAAUUACAUGAACAAUAAUACUUUAAGAGUUAUUUUAAAAAUUUUUUUCUCCAUAAAACAUGGUUAUAUUUUUCCAUUUUGGAGGGGCUUCAGCCCGAAAGCCCGAUUAUGAACAUGAACAGUAACAUUUAUUUUAAUAAUUUAAUUAAAUAUCUUCCAAUAUAAUUUGUUUGGUUACUUUUAAAUAGUUGCAAUGAUAUAGUAUUAAUAUUUAAAAUUUUUAUUUUUUAAUCGUAAUAUUUAAAUAUUUCUAUAUUUUAAAAAUAUCUUUCUCCUUAUUUGUAACAGUUUAGUACAUGUAUGCUUUUAUACAUUGUUUUAUUUAUAGUGUAAUAACUUAAUAUUUGUAUUCAUUUUUUAAAUCUCUUUACUGAAAUAAAGUUGUAUGAUUUCUCAAUUGUUUUAUAUAUUAAAAUGGGCAUUAUCUUUUUUAUAAAUAAUUGUGAUUUGAUUUGAUAAUAAUAGUAAUCCAGUUUAAGACAAUAAAAAUAUUUUUUGAGAAAUAGUUAGUCGGGGGUGCGGUCAAAUAAAUACUAAAUUAAAAUAUAGUAAUUAAUUUAAUUUUGCCAAUUUUAAAUUAAUUACUAUAUUUUAAUAUUUUAAUUUAGUAUUUAUUUGACCGCACCCCCGACUAACUCCUUCUCAUAUUAUAUCAACGGUCAACCAUCUCUACAUCAUUAAAAAUAUUUUUAUUAAAAUGGCAACCUUUUUUAAUUAAAUAUUAAAUAUAUAUAUAUAUAUUGUCAACAUCAAUUUGAAUAUUAUCGGCUAGAGUUUCAAGGAGACAAAGAAUCAGAAAUGAGGUCAUUAGAGAAAGGAGGGAAGUUAAGAAUAAUAUACUAGAGAUAAUGGAAGAAAGAGAUUAAAGUGGUAUGGACAUGUGGAAAGGAUGAAUAGUGAAUGACUUCCCAAAACGGCAUUUGAGUGGGAGCCCGAGGGUAGGAGAAGGAGAGGAAGAUCUCGUGUCAGAUGGAGAGAUGUGGCUGAGAGUAUGGCGGAUGGAGCAUUGAGGGAGAAGGAAGCAAUGGACAGGAAGAAAUGGAGAAACCAACCGACGGAGGAAGGAAUUUGGCUGAGGGAAACUUUAAUUUAUGAAGAAAAUAUAUAUUUAUUUUUAAAUUUUUCUUAUAGCUUUCAACAGCAUAUUAACUUUGCAAUAUCAUGUUUGAAUUAAUCAAAUAUAUUCAUAAUGGUAUGGAGAUAACUGACCAUAAUUGUGAUUAAUAAUAAACAUACUCAAUAUUAUAAUAGUAUUUUAUUACACUGCCAAAGUUCCACCCUACAUGAUAGGUUUUCAUCAGGGCAUUUCAUCUAGUACAUCUAGGAGUUUGGCAACAGGAUGAGUCUACGCACACUAGAUUCCUAAUAUCAUCCCUCAUCUUCCCGUACCUCUACUAUGGCUGCAUGGUGUAUGGAGGCCUCUCUGUGGAACUCGGAGACAGACUAAAAAGAAUUAUGAAUAGCUUCGUAAGAUUUGUCAAUGAAACCUCGAGACAUUCCCGUGUUUCCCACUACUAUGCUGAGUUAAGGUGGCUCUUUCCCUCCUUUAGAAGACAAUACUUCAUAGGCACAUUCCUUUACCAAAUUGUCAAUAAACAUCGCCCAUCCUAUGUAUACAAUCUACUCCAAUUUAAAUUAUCUAUCCAUUCCAUCUCCAUAAGAUCUCCUCCAUCUCACCUUUACACCCCUUUCCACAGAUGCUCUUCAUUUCAACACUCCUUUAUUGUACGUUCCACCACUUUUUUAAUUCUAACCUGCUUAAUAUCCGCCAUGCACCAUUCUUAUGCACAUUUAAAAUCCUCUUAUUCAAAUUCCUCUUCACGAUCCAAUUUGACGCUGGCUACUUAUUUAUUAUAUAUAUAUAUAUAUUUUUUUUAAUGAAGAAAUAGUUAGUUUUUAUUUAUUUUAUUGUAUUUACAAAAUUAUAUGUAUUAAAAAUGUAUUUUAUUUUUUCCCCAUUUACAAGAUGUGUUUAUUUUUUAAAUUCUUAAAAUUAUUUUUAUUUUUGAUGAAUUUGAAACAUUCUGUAACACUUUUAACAUAGAAAGACUGUUUAAAGAAAAAAUAAGAAAUAGUUAGUUUUUAUUUAUUUUAUUGUAUUUGCAAGAUUCUAUGUAUUUUAUUUUUCACAUUCUUUCUAUUUUUUUAUGAAUCGGAAAGAUUCCUUAUCUCUUUUGACCUAGAAUUGUAAUGAAAAAAAAGAAGAAAUUGUUUGUUUUUUAUUUAAAA